AUGGCAAUGCCAAUGGGAAAUGCAGUAACACCGGAGAUUAAGCAUUUUCCGGCAGUGGUUACCGGCGGGGAGAUGCAGUACAGGCCACAACAGUGGUUUGUUGAUGAGAGGGACGGGUUUAUGAAUUGGCUUCGCAGCGAAUUUGCAGCUGCGAAUGCUAUUAUAGAUUCUCUUGUUCAACAUUUGCGUGUUGUUGGUGAGGUUGGUGAGUAUGAUUUUGUUGUUGGUGCAAUUGAGCAGAGGAGAGUUAAUUGGACUCAGGUGCUUCUUAUGCAGCAGUACUAUUCGGUUUCUGAGGUUGGGUAUGCUUUACAGCAGGUGGCGUGGAGGAGGCAGCAGAGGCCGGUCAAGCCGGUUGUUAAGGAGUUUAGGAAAGUUAGGCAAUGGCAGAGAUUUGAGGCUGCCAAUGGUAAGGAAGGUAGUAAUUCUAGUGUAGAAUCUCGCCGUUGGGAAGCGAAUUCUGUAGUAAAAGGGUCUCAAGUAGUUGAUAAGAGUGAAGAACUUAAAUCUGGUGGCAAGGUUGGAACUAAGGAUGAUAAGAGUUCCGACACUGCUGAGGAGAAGAAAGAUACUGUAAUAAAUCAUCAAUCUGAUGUCAUUUCGAAGAGCUCUGUCAAUUCUCAAGGAUCACUGUCCAGUGCAGAAUGUAAAGCUGUGGGUGUAAAUGAAGAAUGUGCAUCAAAGUCUGGAGAAAAUGAUUCACUUUCUAUGCAAAAUCAACACCAGAGCGAGAAUGGUUCUACCACAGGAAAAACUUAUAUUAGCAAUGAGAUGUUUGAUGGGAAGAUGGUUAAUGUGGUUGAAGGACUGAAAUUGUACGAAGAUUUAUUAGAUAGUAAUGAAAUUUCUAAACUUGGUUCAUUGGUCAAUGAUUUGAGGGUUGCUGGAAGAAAAGGACAAUUGCAAGGAAGUCAGACGUAUUUGUUUUCUAAAAGGCCCAUGCGAGGACAUGGAAGGGAGCUGAUUCAGCUGGGUGUUCCCGUUGCUGAUGCACCACUAGAUGUGGACAAUGUUACAGCAUCAUCCAAAGAUAAGAAUGUGGAACCUAUGCCUUCCUUGUUUCAAGAUAUCAUUGAGCGCAUGGCUGCCUCACAAGUGAUGACUUUGAAGCCUGAUGCUUGCGUUGUGGAUUUCUAUAACGAGGGUGAUCACUCGAUGCCAAACAGUUGGCCAUCUUGGUUUGGAAGGCCUGUUUAUAUGCUUUUCCUGACUGAAUGUGACAUGACUUUCGGGAGGACAAUUGUCCCAGAUCACCAUGGGGAUUAUAGGGGCAAUGUCAAGCUUUCUCUUGUACCUGGAUCCCUUCUAGUGAUGCAAGGGAAAUCAGCUGAUAUUGCCAAACAUGCUAUUCCUUCUAUUCAAAAACAACGCAUACUUGUUACUUUCACAAAGUUUCGACCAAAAAAGUCUCUGCCAAUCAAUACUCAAGGUCUUGCUUUGCCAGCAACAUCACAUUACUCAGCCAGAUCUCCAAAUCAUAUCAGUCAUCGGGCGUUAGCUCCCAAGCAUUAUUCUGCAGUUCAUGUAACCGGAGUACUGCCGGCUCCUUCCCUACAAGCACCUCCUAACAGCAUGCAGCCAUUGUUUGUGCCGGCACCAGUUGCUACUCCCAUGCAAUUUGCUACAUCCAUGCCGAUCCCUCCUGGCUCUACGGGAUGGACCACAGCUCCUCCAAGGCAUCCUCCUCCUCGAGUCCUUGUUCCCGGAACGGGAGUCUUCCUUCCUCCACCUGGCUCAGCUAAUUCAUCUCAGCACUCACAAGGUACCUUAACUGAAACCAACCUAGGUGCUGGAGCUCCAGCAUUGUCGAUAAAGGAAAAUGGGAAAUCUAAUCAUAACACUACUAAUGGUUCACCAAAAGGUAAAACGGAUGAAAAUAUUCUAAGGCAAGAAUACAAUGGAAAUGCAAGUGGAACUGAAGUCGAACAAGCUACAGAGCAAGCUAUAGAGGAAAACAAUGGAGAAACAGUUGCAAGCUAA